GUCAUGUCUCUGCCCAUCAUCCCUCUGCUCCCUUUACUUCCCUUAUCUGAGCCCAUCGAACGACUUGCAACAGCUAAGCGCUUACACGACGCCUGCAUAACUUAUGGCUUUUUCUACCUCGACUUGACCGGCUUUGCAACGAACGAGGAAACAGAAGAGCUUCGAAGUCUAGUGCAGCAAUUCUUCGAUUUGCCUCUAGAUGAGAAAGAGAAGAUAUGGCUGGGAAAUGGAGAUUGGGCACGCGGAUACCAGAAACUGAACGAGAACGUCACCCGCGGCAAGCCAGAUGCGCAUGAGGCGCUCGACUUUUACGCGCCCUCUCCCUUUUAUCCGUCGCCACCAGCAACACCCGGUGCGCCAGAACAGGCCGGUGUACGUCCUCUCAGUGGGGAGAACCAAUGGCCACCGGACCCGCGAUUUAGGGAGCGAUUUGAACGUUGGGUAGGAAGAAUGAAGGAACUGGGGUUGAUUGUCAUGGAGGCAAUGGCACUUGGUCUGCAGCUCACUCCUUCCGAAUGGGCCUCCCUUCGUCGUCAAGUCGAGAACUCGUUCUGGGUUCUGCGUGUCAUCGGAUACCCUCCUCUUCCAUCAGGACACGAUGGAUUUUCUUGCGGUUCCCAUAAGGACUAUGGGUGUCUUACGUUCCUAUGGGCAGACAAAACACAAGGCGCGCUACAAGUCUUCCUCCCCGAGCCCGCUUCCUCAGCCUCCAUAUCGGCCCAUACUGGGCUUGCCACACCAACGAUAUCUGAGAGUGAACAUCCAAGAGAAAGGAUGGAUCUUGGCCCAGCCAUUGAAAAUGGUGUGAGAGGCACAUGGAUAUCUGCUGAUCCCGUGGAGAGAUGUAUUGUGUGCAACAUAGGGGAGAUGUGGGAGAUAUGGACUAGAGGGCUGUACAGGAGUACCUUGCAUCGAGUGUUACAUCAGAGAGGAAAUUAUCGAAUCCCAUUCUUCUACGAGCCCGCCUUCGACGCGCUCGUAUCACCCCUCACCGGAGUGGAUCGUCUCCUCUCGUCUCUGCGCGAUUCAGCAGACCAGCAGAGCGAAGCCUAUGCCCGAGUGCUGCUGGCAGAGAAGACCGUGUACAAACCUGUAAUAUACGGCGAAUUCUUGAUGCGAAAGGUGGGAGGAAACUUUGAUAAGAGUGGAGAUGGAGGUGGUAGAUAUUGA